CGCCUUUCGGGGGUGCGAUUCAUGGUUUCCGCCAAAAUGUCGAAAACAGAAAAGCAAAUCAACAACGGGGGAAGCUCAAAAGUAGCGAGUAAAGCAAGUAAGCCACGAAAAGAGGGAUUGGCGAAGAAGAAUAAACUCGGCAAGAGCAAUUUGAAGGACGAUAAAGUAUCAAUCUUUCCGUCUUCUACCACCGAGUUCUUAGAAGGAGGGAAGGAGCCCGGAGUUCACAACAACGGGGCUACAAAUGGGCGAACCAACGGGACCAGACCCAAGAAGGGUAAACGAAAGCAACAAGGUGGCGAUUAUACAGUUGAAGAGAAAGAAAACGCGAAAAUGAAUGAGCUUCCGAUGAGUCGAAUCAAGAGAAUAAUGAAGGCAGAAGAUCCCGAUCUACGUGCUUCUGAGGAAGCCAUCUUUGUCAUCAGCAAAGCUACGGUGAAGUUCCUCAAACAAUUUACGCGGGAAUCUCAUGCUUGUUCAGUUGGGGAUCAAAAGAAAUUUCUUGGUUACCAGCGCCUGUCCGGUGUUGUUGGCAAGCAGAGGAGAUAUGACUUUCUUUUAGAUUAUGUUCCUGAGAAACUAAAAGCUGAGGAUGCGUUGAGAAAGAAAUGCAAGCAACAUUUGGGAAGAUCUGAAAAUGUACAAUAAGUCAAUAAUACAUGCUAGCAGAGGAUCUAAUUAUAUAAUGUGUCUAAUCUUGCAUGUUGUGCAUGUAAAACAUCAAACAUGUAUGGUGAUGCAUGGCGGGGAGGAACACACUAGUUGAUUAUUGCUCCAAUGAGGCAAGAUGCAUUUGUUCAGUGACUAAUGAUAACUUAUGAAUGACUUAAAGCUUGUUUCCUUAUGGUGGAAGCCUAUUCACUGGGUCACUUACCAAUGCUGUUAUCCGUGACGCAUUAAAACCUAUAAAAACUGAAUGGAUUUGGUCACUUGGUGACAACAUAUAAUGUUGAAUCAGACGUGUUUUGGUA